AAGGGGCGUAUUUUUCUUGCCAAUUUAAUUACAAACCAACGUUCAAUGCACCUGAUACACUCUGCAAUAAUGUCAGGCGCCUAUUUGAAACACUCGGGCACCAUGUCAAGGUGUUAGUGUUGUGUAAACAGCCGGGAUGUGUUUAGAAACGUUUUUGUGGGAAGUCUUUUCAAUGGAGGGUUGAGGAAGCCCGUCUUGCUACAGAAGAGGACGCUGUCGCCCCUGGAUAUGACCGGCAUUCUCUGUCGUUUCGAGCGAUCGAUAAAAGAGUACUUAUGUCCAUUCAUAUUUUAACAUUUAUAUAGAGGACGACUCCAAUGAGGAAGUUAAGAAAACGAGUUGGCCAGUCCAGGGCUGGAGGCUUUGGGAGAGGAAUGGUCAGAGGAAAGGUUCAGGGUCAGGUUGGUCCAUCCAGCCACGCUGACACAGACGCUCUGCUCUGUCCACCUUCUCCAUGCAGACUGAACUUCUCUACGACCAGAGACACACUUACAUAUGCACAGGCUCAGAAAAUGGUGGAGAUUGAGCUGGAAGGACGGCUCCACCGGAUCAACAUCUGUGACCAGCUCUCCGUUGUAACAGAAGACGAGAUGCUGGCUCAGGAUCUGACGGAAUGCAACAGUAACAAAGAGAACAGCGAGCAGCGACAGGGAAACAAACAGACCGCAUCUAAAAGCAAGCGGAAAGAUGGCAAAAACGCAGCCAAAAAGAAAUCAAGCUCUCAGUAUAGCUUGCAAAACCAGGUGGCCCAUGACCAAACCCCCUUGCCUAAGCCUACGUUUCAUAAGGUGGACACUUUCACGGCUUCAGAGGCUCCUCCUCUUCCUGUGGCUUAUUACCGCUACAUGGAGAAGUCAGGGGAAGAGCUGGACAACGAAGCUGAGUAUGACAUGGAUGAGGAGGACAUGGCUUGGCUAGAGAUGGUCAAUCAAAAGCGUGUGUCCGAUGGACACGCUUCAGUCCCCCCUGAUACGUUCGAGUUACUGAUUGACCGACUUGAGCGCGAAUCCAUUUUGGAGUCCCGCAGCCAGACGCUGUCCCAGAGCACCAUCGACGAAGAUGCCUACUGUUGCGUUUGCCUCGACGACGAGUGUCUCAACAGCAACGUCAUCCUGUUCUGCGACAUCUGCAACCUUGCCGUGCACCAGGAAUGUUAUGGGGUGCCUUACAUCCCUGAGGGCCAGUGGCUGUGCAGGUGCUGUCUGCAGUCCCCGUCGCGUCCCAUCGAUUGCGUCCUCUGCCCCAAUCGGGGAGGUGCAUUCAAGCAAACCAGCGACGGAAGCUGGGCCCACGUCAUCUGUGCCAUAUGGAUCCCUGAAGUGUGCUUUGCCAACACUGUGUUCCUGGAGCCUGUGGAGGGAGUGAAGAACAUUCCUCCUGCGCGAUGGAAGCUCACCUGUUACCUGUGCAAACAGAAAGGCAGGGGGGCGUCUAUUCAGUGCCACAAAGCGAACUGCUACAGGGCGUUUCACGUCACUUGUGCCCAGAGAGCCGGGCUCUAUAUGAAAAUCGACCCCGUGCGGGAGACUGGCGCCAAUGGCACCACUUUUACUGUGAAGAAGACUGCUUAUUGCGAGAACCACUCGCCUCCUGGCACGGGGACCGAGGGGGAUGAAGACAACGGGUUGGUCGGGGGCAGGGGUAACAGAGGUCAGAGGUCAUACACAUUAGGGCCUCCGCUGCAGCAAAACCAGAAUGGGCGGAAAAAAGGUUCAGCCGCACAACAGAGGAAAACGCAGAAGAAUCCGACAGGGACCUCGCGGAAGAAGGGAGUGCCGCUCCUGCUGGUGCCGCAGAUACCGUCCUUUCGGCUCAACAAGAUUUGCACAGGGGUUUCUGUUGAAAGGAAGAAUCAGUUUAUGCAGAGGCUCCACAAUUACUGGCUGCUAAAGCGUCACUCUCGUAAUGGAGUGCCGCUCAUCCGCCGGCUCCAUUCUCAUCAACAGGCUCAGAAGUCAGAGCAGAGAGAGCCAGAUGCAAAGUUGCAGGCUGUCAGAGAAGAGCUAAAGUACUGGCAGAAGCUUCGUCAGGACCUGGAAAAAGCUCGACUUCUUAUUGAGCUCAUAAGAAAGAGGGAGAGACUUAAAAGAGAACAGAUGAAACUUCAGCAGGCUGUGCUGGAGCUGCAGCUCACCCCAGCACUGGUGUUUCUGCGCUCUACACUGGAGCAGCUGCAGGAGAAAGACACUGAUCAUAUUUUCACCUCACCGGUCAGUUUGAAGGAGGUUCCAGACUAUCUGGAGUUUGUUUCUGAGCCGAUGGACUUCUCUACAAUGCACGACAAGCUGGAGGCCCAUAAAUACUCAUCGGUGGCUGACUUGGAAAGUGAUUUCAAUCUCAUGAUAUCCAACUGUCUGAGAUACAACUCCAAUGACACAGUGUUCCACAAAGCUGCCAUGCAACUUCGGGAGGUGGGCGGAGCUGUUCUGAGACAUGCCCAACUUCAGGCUCUCAGCAUAGGCCUUGAUCCCAGCACAGGCAUGCACCUGCCAGAAAAGGCCAGCACACACAACGCCACAGUCUCCUGGUGGGAUGAAGUUGACUUGCUCUUGGACCCUGAAAAUCGUGUGCACAUGUGUCCUGAGGAGCAGCUGAAAACCCUGCUGGACAAACUGGAUCUGGUGGCAUCUAUGCGCACCAGCGGAGGUCGCACAAAACGCAUGCGCCUGCUGCGCAGAGAAAUUAACAGCCUCCGUCACAAAAUCAGCCACCAGGACCGCAACUCACGACUGCUGAAUGGGAAAAUUAAAGGGGAAAAGAUGGAUUACAUAACCUCCAACACAGACCUAAAGAAAUCAACAUCGCAAAAAGUGCAGGAACCCACUUGUCCGGCCUCUUCACCUUUACCUGGAGAUGCUCCACCAAACCCGCCUAUGUUCUGCCUUGAGACGGGAUGGACCACCACUCCAGCAGAGUCCAAUAAACCUGGCAGCAGAAAACGGAGGGCAAAAGGAAAAGAAAGAGGCCUGAAAGAAAAUCAUGAUCAGACUUUAGAAGACGACGAGAACUUCCACACAAUAGAGCAGGACCCCAGCACUCAGGAGGAUGCAGUGAUCAGGGUUUCCUCCACAGAGAGCCCAUCAGAUUCGCCCAAGAUGGGUGUGGGUCGUCGGACGUCCAUUCUCUUUAAGAAAGCUAAAAAUGGAACCAGACUAACAAAGGACAAGCCUGUUUUAUUGCAGAAUGGAGUCAGCAAAGCUGAAAAAGAUGUAUCACCGGAGCAGACCACACCAGCCAAAUUAUUGUCAGCACCACCAGCCCCGAAAUCGCCCCCUCCGUCCCCUCAUCAGCUGAGGUCCAGAGGACUGAGUACAUGCUCGGAAGGAGAAAAGGCCCACUCUUCACCUGAAGAAAACGGCAUCACAAAUGGACUCAAGAGACACAGCGGCAACUCAUUAGAUUCAGAAAGCUGCACUCCCACCUUCCCAGUGCACAGUUCCUCACCUCCAAAACAAAGUCGUGGUAAACCAGCUCUCAGCAAAGUUCCUGUUGGUGAGGAGGACAAUGGAGUUUCUAAUGCAAGCAAAGAAACUUCUCAGAAUGAUGAGAUGGAACCUCUUACCUUGGUUUGGGCAAAAUGUCGUGGAUACCCCUCAUACCCUGCAAUGAUUGUCAAUCCUAAUAUGCCCCGGGAAGGAAUUCUUCACAACGGCAUUCCCAUCCCAGUGCCUCCAGCAGAUGUUUUGGAUCUGGGUAAACGAAGACAGGAGGAGACCGAGGAGAAGCUCUUUCUUGUGCUGUUUUUUGAUACAAAACGAACCUGGCAGUGGCUGCCGUUGGACAAGCUCCAUCCCAUGGGCAUUGACGACACUGUAGACAGGCUGCGUCUGAUGGAGGGCAAGAAACCGAAUGUGCGGAAGUCAGUACACAUGGCAUAUGACAGGGCGAUGACACACCUGAGCCACGUGAAGGAAAACUCAACCUUUAACCCCUCAAAUUUUAUAUAAAAGACUUCUAUUAAAUGUUUGUCUAAACUGACUGUAGGAUACCAAUGAAGGUACGUUCAUAACAUUCAGAUGUUUAUUGGUUUUUAUACCCGUGACAGGCAGAUUCAUUAGCUCUUUUUUUAAUUUAAUGUUUUCCUACCCUCCAUAACUCAAGGCACAUCAUAAAUCAAACCUGGUUAACUUUUAACGUUCUCAUUGAACCAAGAGCUUAAGAAUGUGUUAAAUUCACUUAUUGUAAUUGCACUUAUUUCUGUAUGUUGAAAUGUUUUGUCCAUUUUUGGCCGUUUUCUUGAAUGUGAGGUGAUAGUAUCACUUAUGUUGCCAAUGCAGUGCAGUGUUUGGGCAGUACAAUUCAGGAACUUUGUGCUAGAAUGCAUUUUGUAACUGUUUACUUGGAUACCUGGAUACCUGGACUUAGGAUGUGCACAAAAAAGUUCUCUUGCCUUUAGAGCUGCUGGUUAAUCAUUCUAGCGUGGUCAUAUAUGCUUUUCGUCUUUAUCAGAUUCCAACUUCUGAGCGUCUGGUGUUUUACUACCAUGGCGGUUUUAACCUACUGUGAGGUGCCACUAAAUUAAAAUAUUUCUUUGGCACUGCUUACACGAGCAUCUAUUUUGUCUCUUUUUUAAGUUAACAUGUGCCCUUUAUUUUAAAGAAAGGCUGUGUUUGUUAAAAAGCUUGUAAUUGUGGGUGGCGAUCACUGUGUAAAUAUAAAUGCAUGGAUGUAGAAAAUAUGCACAGAUGUGUUUUUAAAAUCUGAAAUGUAAAUUAACGACAAACUUUGUACAUGUCAUUUUAAUUUAUUUGGAGUGGUUAUGGAAAAGUUAUUUAAUAGCUAUUGAGAAGGUUUAAUUUAACAGCUCUGUAGAGCUUUAUAUUGUUCAGAAGGCAUUACUGCUUUAAUGCAAUUGUUCCUUAGUGGUCUACAGUGAGAGAACAUUAUAGAGUAAAAUACUAUGUAGUCUCUUAGCUCAUGUACGCAGAGUAAAAGAGAAAUGUGUUUUUUAAAGCCUGUG